GUUAUUUGGUGACUGACCAGCAACCAUUCUGUGAAUAACAAGUCUGAAAGUCUGAAGUAGUUCGUCUAACCAACGAUUUUCUUCAGUCUUGAAAUUGUGAUCAAAGUUUGGAACGCGUUUUCUCGAGAAAAUUUCAUCAAGUCGAAAAAUAUCUUUAAACAGUAGAGAUGGCAGCUUUCGUGGAACCACAUUACGAGGCCUGGCAGGCGGGUGGCGGCAACAUAACCGUUGUCGACAAAGUGCUGCCGGAAAUCUUGCACAUGGUUCAUCCACACUGGAAUCAGUUCCCACCGAUGAACCCACUGUGGCACUCGCUGCUAGGAUUCGCCAUCUUCGUGCUGGCAGUAGUUUCCGUGGCUGGAAACGGUUGCGUGAUGUACAUUUUCUCGAGCACCAAAGGGCUCCGAACCCCAUCCAACCUGCUAGUGGUCAAUCUAGCCUUCUCGGAUUUCUUUAUGAUGUUUACGAUGGGACCGCCAAUGGUUGUGAACUGCUAUCACGAGACCUGGUACUUCAGUGCACUCGCCUGUGAGAUUUAUGCCUGUCUGGGAUCACUGUUCGGCUGUGUCUCGAUUUGGACCAUGACUAUGAUUGCAUUCGACCGAUACAAUGUCAUCGUGAAGGGUCUGUCUGGCAAGCCUAUGACCAACAACGGUGCCCUGCUCCGCAUCGUGGCGAUCUGGGCCUUCUCUCUUUUCUGGACUUUGGCUCCAUUCUUCGGAUGGAACCGUUAUGUCCCAGAAGGCAACAUGACCGCUUGUGGAACUGACUAUCUGACCAAGGACUGGGUCAGCCGCUCGUAUAUCCUGGUCUACGCCGUCUUCGUGUACUUCCUGCCUCUGUUGACCAUCAUCUAUUCGUACUACUUCAUUCUGAAGGCAGUAUCCGAACACGAGAAGAACAUGCGUGAGCAGGCCAAGAAGAUGAACGUCGCUUCCCUGCGAUCCUCGGAGGCUAAUCAAACCAGCGCUGAAAUCAAGUUGGCCAAGGUUGCCCUGGUCACGAUCUCACUGUGGUUCAUGGCAUGGACUCCGUACCUGGUGAUCAACUUCACCGGUGUCUUCGAAUCCGCCCCGAUCAGCCCAUUGGCCACCAUCUGGGGAUCGCUAUUCGCCAAGGCCAACGCCGUCUACAACCCGAUUGUCUACGGGAUCAGCCAUCCUAAGUACCGCGCUGCCUUGUACAAGACCUUCCCAUCGUUAUCCUGCCAGGAUGAACCCUCAAGCGAUGCUCAGUCGGUCGCUUCAGGAGCUACUCAGGCAUCCGAAGAAAAGGCCUAAAUAAACAUGACAUUUUAUGAUGACGGACCAAAAUGCCAAACAAGAAAGCUAAAUAGUUCAAUAAAGUUACCAAAUUUUUGAAGCAAGCAAACAAGAUGAAAAA